CCGCAGAAACAUUCACAACCAGGAACAGCCAUCUGCAAAACUGCUGCACUUCCCUAUGGCCCGGCUGAGCCCAGCCUGCUUUCCGAGAGGAGAACAGCGAUGACAGAGGACAGCAACUAGACUCUACACCCUUAAAUAGGCGAUACAUUCUAUUGCCCGUACCACCACAAAGCCAGCCUCCCUCAGGGUCUGUCAGCUGGAACAUCCCCGAAGGCCCAAGAUGGCAGCUGCUGACCCCGGGGCUCACACAGAGAAUGUGGCACUGGUGGAGCUGAGAAAGGAGGCGCUGGAGCCCCCAGUGCAGAAGGUGGCCUGUGGCAGUGUCCAAGACAAGAAGCCAGGAGACCCUGAUGCUACUCUGCCCUGGGACCAGUCCCAGCACUCUUCCAUGAGUGAGGUGGCCAUGGAGCCCACCACCCCAUCCCGCAAGGCAUCUGAGACAGAGAAGAGGCCAAGCCCCGAGGGGAGCCGCAUGGGCCCCGAGCCGGGGCCUACUGGAGAGGAGGAGGUUUUCCCCGGCUCUUCCCUUCUGCGGGAGGAGGAGGAAGGCAACAGGAUGCCUGAGGUGGCCGCGCAUGUUUUCAUCCCCAUCGAUCCCCACUGUAUCGAGAAGGCCCCCGGGUGCCGAGGCUCGGCAGGGGCCAGCGACUGGAAGAAGAAGCAGCAUCAGCUGGAGGAAGAGGCCAUCGUGUGCUGUGAGAAGGAGAAUGGCGACCCCGAGAAGCUGGCCUUCCUGACCCACGGCCCCCUGAGCUACCCCACGCACUACGACGAGCCAGCUGGCUACGGCGGCGGCCAGACCAAGCCACUUUCCGAGAGGCUGCAGUGCCUCCAAUGCCAGGACUGCAGCUCUGCCAACCUCAAGGCCGUGGCCUCCAUGAUCGGGGCCAUGAUCAUCUUCCCCUGCUUCGUGUACGGGGCCUACGUCUUCCUGCCCUUCGACGCCCCCUUGAUGCCAACCAUGAGUGCCCGGCUGGUCUACACCCUUCGCUGCGGAGUGUUCGGCACCUUCCCCAUCAUCCUAGGUGAGCGGAGCCGAGCGAUUUGGUCUUCCAUCCUGCCAGCUUUGACUCUGGGCAGCUGCGGGAUGGCUGCCCAUGAGCGGCACAAAGCCAAGACUCGGAGCAUUAAACCAGCAACGUGGUCCCAAAUCCUCCGGUGUCCACCAGCCCUGCCCUCGGGCAGAGUGGUCCUCAGACAACCGGGCCCUGUCUCCUGACACUCCCCCACCCCCGUGCCUCUUCUCUUCCCCAGGCUGCUGUACUGGCUGGCCUACGCCAUGGGUCGCUCUUUCCGGGGCUUCGGCUUCGGCCUGACCUUCCUGCCCCUGCUGACCAUGCUCCUGUGGAAUCUCUACAGCAUGUUCAUCCUGGAGCCCGAGAACAUGUUCGCCACGGCCGCCAACGGCAAGCAGGACACGCCGUCGGAGAAGCAGAGCCGGGCCGCAGCGCCCAAGCCGAGAUACUGGGGGUAAAGGACGGGACAAGAGGCUCUGAUGCUUGGCAGCAGGGAGAUGGAUUUGAUGGCGAUUAACAGAGCCCAGAUGGGGGGCUCGGCCGGGGCACCCACAUGUCAGCGCGUGAGUGCCCCGAUGCCCAAUGGGCUGGUUUGCAGAAGCGCUGAGCAACCCCCAACUCCAGCUCCACCUGGCGCAGGCUCUGAAUCCCAAGCCUUAAGUGGAAGUGAGUGGCCAAAUACAGACCUGGGCAUGAGCCCCCCUGUCCAUGCAUGAAAACCAUGGGCCCAACAGCGCCUCCUGCUGGAAUCAAUCAAGCAAUUGAAUUCCACCAGCUAACCUGAUCAGCUGGCUUCAAAGGGUUAAUUCAGUCCUCCCUUUAACUUGAUCCAGACCUCAACUAGCUAUUUAUAUUCAAAUCGUCCUUUCUUCUGAGCACUCUAAGGCAGGUGCUCUUGGAUAAUUAGAUCAUGGAGCAACAGUCCCCACUAAGGAGCCUGCGAAUUUCAAGGAGAAGAAAGAUCCUUGCUAAUAAAAGAGGACUUCCUCAUUAACUGCACUGAUAAAGGCAGCUUCUGAGCCAGGCUAACAGACUAGGGGGAUGUCUAUACGUGCAGCGCAGGUGAAGACGUUCUAUGCGGAUGGGAGAGAGCUCUCAGUCGGCAUAAAAACCCCACCUCUGUGAGUGGCAGAAUCUAUGUCGGCGGGAGAAGCUCUCCCGUGGACAUGGCGCUGUCUACAUGGGCGGGGGGCGGUUAGGUCAGUAUAACUGUUGCUCAGGAGUGUGGAUUUUUCACACCCUGAGCGACGUAGUUAUUCCAACACAGGUUUGUCGCGUAGAUCUGGACUAACUCCGAGUGUCACAGCUAAAUACAAGGCGGAACAGAUUAUUUAACAUAACAUAUUUCAAGGGACCAUUCAAGGUGAAGCGGCCCGUUAACGCCCCUCCAGUCCUAGGGAGGAAAGGAAUGGGCGGGGGGGAAGGAGUUAUUAGUGGGUUUCAGCUUGUUCGCAUAAGCCAUAAAUCCAGCGUCUCUAUUCAGUCCAUGAUUUUUAUUGUCUAGCAAAGUUAACGGGCCACAUCCCCUUGAAAUAUGCAUUAACUACUUCUGUUCCGCCUUGUAUGUAGCUGUGACACUGGGUUCCCCAGACCUGAAGAACUCUGUGCUGCUGGGAAGCUGGUGUCUCUCACCAACAGAAGUUUGGUCCAAUACAAGAGAUUGCCUCGCGCACUUUGUCUCUCUAGACUGGAAUAAGCAGCCAGCGCUGUGGCACUAUGUUUUCACCCCCUUUCUGGGUGAGGGACUUGGUUUAACUCAUCCUUGUCCACAGGAACGUGGGCAGCAGUAGGGGCUCUGAGGCCAGACGGAUGCAUGGGCUUCUGGAUUGUGUAUUGAUUUUUGGCAGGUUGCUGCCGUCUCUGAGGCUAACAGCUGCGGCUGGGGUUAUUUUCCUUUUGGUUGUGAAACACUACAAGGCAAACAGUGGAUGGAGGGCACAGGGGACGUGUGGAAUCAGUAAACAGCUUCCCCAGGCAAGUGGAAGAACAAGUUUCAUCAGUGGGUGGAUCAGGAUUGAUUGGUAUCGGGUCACUUUAUUUUACUUAACCCCGGGCUGGAGUGGGCAUUACUUAAUAAAGUCUUUUGCAACCAUCAUGCUGGGCCUAGUCCCGCCUGCUAGACUGCUCCCUACCCUGGGGAAUAGGAUGAACUGUUUAUUGUCCCUGUAGUCGUCUCCGAACUUCCCUGGUGGUUUCUGAAAACGUGAAUCCACCCAUGUUUUGUUUGCUUGCAUCUACAUUCUUUCUUUUAACUUUUACAGUGCUAGGGCCAAAUUAGCCAUUGGGGAUGUGGUGAAGUCUGCAUCACUUGAAGUCUUUAAAUCAGGACUGGAUAGCUGAGACAGAGAUACUCUAGCUCGACCAGAAGCUAUGGGUUUCGUGCAGGAAGCACUUGAUGACGUUUUCAGGCCUGUGUUAUACAGGAGGUCAGGGUGUGGUCUAGUG